GUGUGUGUGUGUGAGUCUGCGCGUACAUGUCUGUGCAUCAGUGUGUUUGGGUUUGUGUGUUGUGUGAUCUGGUGUAAAUGAGGCCCUGCCAGCCGUCACCUCCGCCACACAACACUUGCUCAGCAGUGGCAGGCCAUCAAAAACCCACUCGUUCCCACUCCACCUAUUCAAAACACAAUCAAUCUGCUGCCGCCCAAUCAGGGGCCUGGCCCUGGCAGCGGGGCCAAUGGAGUCGCGUUAACGCUGAGGGGACGCCGACCAAUCCCGGGCCGCAUUCUAAUGUGGCCUGGGCCUCCUAUCUUUAUCAAGGUGCCACUUCAUUAUCCAGAUAGUGCUUAUUUAUGACUCUUGAGAGGGAGCGUGCAGGAGGAGCUGCUGUGAACCUGACCCACCGUGUGUUUCCACUGAAGGACGUAAUAAUGGAGUGAGGCCGGGGCGAGCCAUGGCUGGGAGGAUAGGUGAAGGGAACGCGUGAGAACAGGAACCCCUGCAGAGCGCCCGCCUCACUGUCUCAGCGUCCCAUGCGGGCAGAACCAGGACACAGGGAGCGCUUGGUACAGAGGAGCGGCCCCUCCAAACCCCGCCGUCGUACGCACCAGAGAACCCAAGGAACCGCAGCGGUGACCGGGACCCCCCGUCCUACCCAGUGUGCCUCCCCUCACCCGCAGCGUCCUCCUCCCUGCUUUACUCCUAACUGGGACCUCACUGGGCGGCUCUGUGUGGAAGAAGCGGUUUUCCAUGGAUCCGAACAUCCAGGGCUCUUUCCUGUUCAACAACAGCCUGACCCCGUUCCCGUCGGACCUCAAGGCGCCGGUGUGCCCGUACGCCGUGCAGAACUCCUUCUACAAGCUCGGACCGGGCCUGAGCAGCCAGCUCCCCGCCGGGACCCCCCACGGCAUCAGUGACAUCCUGAGCCGCUCCAUGAUGGCGGUGAGCUCCCCUGGCGGAGCCACCACCACCACCCUGCUGUCGGGGUACUCCACCAUGGGGGGCUUCGCCCACCCCGCCGCCGUGGCCGGGUCGGGGAUGUACUACAACCGGGACUGCGGCCCGGCGGCCUCCGUGGGGGGCUUCACCAAGCCCGCCGGGGCGGACUGCCCCAUGAAGGGCCGGAGCUGCUGGGCGGAGGGCGGCUACGACUGGAGGGGGGGCCGGCAGCCGUGCAGCAACAACAACGUGUCUCUUGGAGAAAUGGCCGCCAGAAAGAAACACACACGGCCCACGUUCAGCGGCCAUCAGAUCUUUGCCCUGGAGAAGACCUUCGAGCAGACCAAGUACCUUGCGGGGCCCGAGAGGGCCCGGCUGGCCUACUCCCUUGGCAUGACCGAGUCCCAAGUCAAGGUGUGGUUCCAGAACCGGCGCACCAAAUGGAGGAAGAAGAGCGCGUCGGAGCCCAGCUCCACGCAGGCCUGCGGGGGGCUGGGGGCUGGCGAGGCCUCAGAGAACGAGGUGGAGGACGAGGAGUACAACAGACCGCUGGACCCCGACUCGGACGACGAGAAGAUACGACUGCUGCUGCGCAAACACCGCAGGGCCUUCUCCGUGCUGCGGCUCGGACCCCACCAUGUCUGACAAACGCACACACACACAUGUACAGCAACUACACACACACGCUCGCUCUCACACACACACACACAAGCAUACAUGUUCAUACACACACACACACGCAUAAGCA